AUGGUAUAUCGUGGUAAACCGAGCGGAGGCUGUGAUACCUGUCGCGCGAGAAAGGUCAAUUGUGAUGAAACACGACCCAUUUGUGUACGUUAUCAACUUUCCCUAUGGUUCAAAGACGAGAGCGAUGCCGUUGUGCAGAAAGUGAAGGCCCUGAACAGGCUGGAUUUAGAUGACUCGGCCCCGCCAGGGAUAGUUGUCAGGUCAAGACAAGCAGCCGCUCAAGUAUGUCGCCUUCAGCACUUGACAUUCUCAAUUCCUGUCUUCAACUUUACGCUGGACCAUAUCCUCCAAGCCACCUGUCUCUUUCUCAAGUCGUACCCAUGGCUCGAUGUUUCAUGCCUCGUAGCACAAUCCCAGACGCAUGUUUUAUCCAUUGGCGAGAGAGCCAUGAUGACGGGGAUCGCGUCGGUGGGUCUGGCAAAUUUGGCAAAUCUUCAUAAAUCGCAGUCUUUUCGAAAUGCCUCGAGAUGCGAGUAUACUACUACUGCCUUACACUUAACGAAUGCUGCCCUACGUGAUCCAAUAGCAGUCAAAGCGGACACCACGCUCACCGCCGUUGCUUGCCUCUCUUUGUUUGAAAUUAUCUGCUGCGACAAGGAGGAAUCCUUGCUGUCGUGGUAUGAGCAUUCGCGGGGCAUUGCGGCCCUCCUCGAACUUCGCGGUGAAGAACAGCUCCAUCGCGAAACAGGUCAACAAGUGUUCCAGGUUCUGAGAAAUGAAGUGCUCAUUGGCUGCUUACAAAAACGAACACGACUGCCUCCUGCACUUAUCAGGAAACCGCGCCGGGCAGACUCAACUGCGCAGACAUAUUGCGCGGACCGGUUGAUAGAGAUCGCUGCCGGUCUAUGUGAGCUUCAAGUCCAAGUGAACGAGGGAGCAGUCACUGACAGUGCUGAAGUCCUUGCCCUCGCCGUGAGGCUGGAUUCUGAGUUGGAGGAUUUCACUAGGGAACUUUCGGCCGAGAUGUCCUUCACCGUACAUCUGCGGAGCCACACAAAGACCUCUGAAGAUGAAGUGGUGAAUACGGUCAACCAUUACAAUGGAAGGUACCAUGUGUACCCUUCCAUGUGGAUGUGCAACACUUGGAACAACUACCGAUGGAAAUUCGGCCUUGCUCAUGAGGCGGAAAGCAUGACGUUGGAAUCAUUGGGGGUCAAAGCUGGAACUGGAUUCACACUACUUCUGCCCCUCUAUCUAGCUGCGGUGGUUGAUGGCGUGUCAAGCCCUGUACACUCCUGGGCUAUGAAGUGCCUGGGCAUCAUUGGGUAUGAGAUGGGGAUACAGACAGCUGUCUCACUUCUGAGAGUGCUAGAGAUAGAGCAAGGUAUCACGCGCUGGGUUGAGUCGAUGGACGACGAAGGACUGGGGUGA